CACAAUUUACGAACACAGAAUAACAUGUUAAAAUAUUUUUUAUUUAGUCAUGCAAAAUAAAACGUUUUACUUUCUUUGACUACUACUUUUUGACAGUUAUAAUUAUAUAAAAUAUAUAUAUAUUUAAUUUUUAAUCCCACCGAAUAGUGGUAUUAAUGGAGAAAAAUGAACUAAUGUUUACUUGGUUAACAAUUGAAAAUACAAAAUAAUUUAUAAUGGAUGUUUGUCACGCACCACAAUACUUACCUGAUUUAGUAUUGGACAUCAUAUUUUCAAACUUGGAACUACCAGACUUAUUAAGCUGCAUGUUGGUCUGUCAAAAUUGGUAUCGUGUAAUUAAUGAUGGCAGAGCAGAGCCAUGGAAAUUAAUGUGUCGCCGUAAGAUACCUAAAGAGCUACUGAAGUCUGAACUUUUAUCGCAACUCCACAACUAUAAAGCCAAAUUACGAGCCUUAUAUCAUUCAUGGAAUCCAGACGAUUGUUCCAUGCACAUUGUUGUCAAACAAAAUGGUUUUACAUUGCAUCGUAAUCCAGUCGCCCAGAGUACAGACAUGGCACGAACUAAAAUUGGUUAUAGCAAUGGUAAACACGUAUGGGAAAUUACAUGGACUGGACCACUAGGUACAGUUGCAAUGGUUGGUGUGUCAACGAAAGAGGCGCCAGUGCAUUGUAGUGGUUACUUACCUCUGUUGGGUAUUGACAAGCAUAGCUGGGGUUGGAAUUUAAUCGAUAAUGUUUUGUUGCAUAAUGGAGUAUCACAUGGAUGCUAUCCAUUGUUAAACAACGCUCCUAAGUAUCAAAUUGGUGAAAAAUUACAAUUAGUACUAGAUUCUGAUAAUGGUAUUUUGCACUUUGAAAAAUGUAAUGAAUUCUUAGGUAUAGCUUUUAAAAAUUUACCUAAAACUAAAUUAUAUCCUUCGGUGUCAGCUGUCUAUGGUAACACAGAAAUAUCAGUAGUAUAUAUUGGUAAACCUUUAUUUGGUUAAGUAAGCAUUAUAGUUUUUAUAAGAAUUCAAUCUCAUAGAAUAUAAAAUACUAUUUAACAUAAGGUUUAAAUUCCUUAAUGUUUUUUCAUUUUAAUUCAAUAAUAUCAGUAUUGUUUCUGUUAGUAAAUAAUAUUUGGUACAUACAAGUUACAUACAAACAUAAAUCUUGCAAGUAAUGUGUUUAAAAAAUAUUUAGUAAUAGAGCUCUUGAUAGUGAGGAUGGUGGUAGUUCCAUUAUUUAUAUUAAAUUAUAUUAAACAAAAAAAUUGCGUUUAUUUAAAAUUUAAAAAAGAAGACUAAAAUUCAUAACAAAAAAAUACCUUUUUAUACAUUUUUUGCUUAAAUAAUAAACUUAUACUUCAUAUACGAGAAAUGGCAAACCUUUUUUGAGUUAUAUGCUAAAAUUUCAAAAUCAGUUUAAAAACAAUUUCAUGUGCCUGUAAAGUUUUGUAUUGGUUAGAAAUGUUAAAAAUAUUAAAAUAUUUUUUAGUUGACCAGCGGGGUGUAUAUAAAAAUAUUUAAACAUAAAGUAUGUAUAAUCAUUUUUAUUACCUUCUUACUACUAAACUUUACCACUACUACUCUAUAUUUUUAUUUCAUUGUUGCUACUAAUAUUGGUUUUUUUUUUUAAUACCAGUAUGUGUUUUUCUUUAUUUUUAUUUACCUAAUAAAAAAAAUAUAUUCUAAUUAUUUCAAUCAAAACUAUUAAUGAAUUUAUUUAACUUUAGAUUAAUAAACCAUCAUUGAUAAUUUGACUAUUAAAAUCUCCGGGGGGAAAAAAAAAUAAAAGAAGAUAUACUGUACAAUCUAAAAGGGAGUUCCAAUUAUAAUUAGUUAUUAUAUUGCUAAGAAAUAACUAAAGAAUUUUUUAAUCAAAUACAAGAUUCCACAAUGAAUUAAUAUCAGUUAGCCACUCCUGCUAUAAGUGCUAUGUACUAUAUUUUUGAGAGUUAAAAAUAUUAGAUAUUUUACUGUUAGUAAUUUACAUUAGUAAAAAUUACUUAAUUUUG